AUCGCGAGAUCAAUGCAUCAAAACUAAAGUCGCUGUACCAAUAAAAUCUAUAUCAUCGGCCGAAGCACUAGAACACAUCACGACAGCAUCUACUGAAUUUGAGCUUUGCAUUGAUCAAACCUAUCGCGGCGGUAAUCUGACAACUCUAAGCGACAUGGAAACAGAUGAUGAAGCAGCAAACGAAUUCAUCUAUGCCACUCACAAGCAGUCGUGCUAUGAGAUGGGACAUACUUUUUUGUUCGGUACCAAAUAUUCAUUCAUUCUCAAAGCCGAGUUCACGCCAGAAGACUCAUCUACUCCAGGCGAGAGACGACCAAUGCAAAUGGGAUGUUAUGGACUCGGUCUAUCAC